AUUCAAGUUUACUUUAACUAAUACCUUGAAAUGAUAGCACGCAAGUAAACUACGUUGAUAUCAAUGUGAUAAGGAUAUCAAAACCCUAAUCUUUUUUAUCUCAUUGGCACGCACACAGUCGAAUACCACUCGAUAACUAGGGCGAUGGUGAGAACUGACCUUGCGCAGCCUGCCAAGCUUCGGUGGGGAGAGCUUGAAGAAGACGAUGGCGAGGACCUUGACUUUCUUUUGCCUCCUCGUCAGGUCAUCGGACCCGAUGAGAAUGGAAUCAAGAAGGUCGUUGAAUAUAAAUUCAAUGACGAAGGUAAUAAGGUUAAGAUCACCACUAUCACAAGAACUAGAAAGCUAGCCAACGCUCGUCUCAGCAAGCGGGCCGUAGAGCGCCGCUCCUGGCCCAAGUUCGGCGACGCGGUGCAAGAAGAUGUUGGCAGCAGGCUCACCAUGGUCUCCACUGAGGAGAUCAUCCUCGAGCGACCUAGGGCUCCUGGUAGCAAGGCAGAAGAAGCGAAGAAUUCUGGAGAUCCGUUGAGUGCGAAAGGUGGUGCUGUUCUCAUGGUUUGUAGAACAUGUGGUAAGAAAGGUGACCAUUGGACUUCGAGAUGCCCUUACAAGGAUCUCGCAGCCCCAUCUGAAGUGUUUGUUGAUAAGGCUGGUCCAUCCGAUGGAGCGGCUCCGGGAGCUGCUCCUAGUUCAGGGAAGGGAACCUAUGUUCCUCCUGGAAUGAGAGGAGGAGCGGUGGCGGAGAGAGGCGGAACGGACAUGAGACGGAGGAAUGAUGAGAACUCUGUUCGGGUCACAAACCUUUCGGAGGAUACUCGCGAGCCUGACUUGCUUGAGCUCUUCCGACCUUUUGGUGCUGUGAGCCGUGUUUACGUAGCUGUGGAUCAGAAAACUGGAAUGAGCAGAGGAUUUGGGUUUGUGAACUUUGUUAAUCGUGAAGAUGCUCAGAGAGCCAUUAAUAAACUCAAUGGUUAUGGUUAUGAUAAUCUUAUCCUCCGAGUGGAAUGGGCUACCCCAAGAACGAACUAGAGUACUACUACUCACCACUGCCCUUAGAUUCUAUGAAUUAUUUACAAAGAAAUUUGAGCAGUUUUUGUUUUAGUUUUGAACAAGAAGCUAUAUUUACCUUUUUAUUUUUAUUUAUUUUUGUUUAUUACAUUUUGUUUCUUUUUGUAAUAUUGAUGAUUUUGCAAAGAGGAGGAAGAUGGUUGAUGCUGGGGAAA